AUGGGAAAAAAUUCACGUUUGGAAACAUGGUUACAUUAUAGAGUUAGGGUUACUGUUAGUGAUACUAGAUAUUUUGUUGGCACUUUUCUUUCAUAUGAUAGGCAUAUGAAUAUAGUUUUAGUUGAUGCUGAAGAGUUUAGAAAAAUAAAAGAUCAGGAAACUGGUUUUAAGGAAAUAAAAAGAGUAGUUGGUUUAAUUUUAAUAAGAGGAGAAAAUAUUGUUUCAUUUACAGCCGAACAGGGUCCUAUUAAUAAAAAAUCUAUGAAUAAUGUAAUAAAUAAAGGAAUAGCUACAGGAAGAGGAAUUCCAUUAAGUAAUUACGUACCCUUGCAAAAUAAUUUUAAUACAAAUUUAACAAAUCCUAUAAGCAAUAUGCCAACAGGUAUGGCAUUAAAUUCUAGUACUACAAAAAAUUUAACGCCAGCUGUUAAUCCAAAUUUCAGAUCUCCAAAUGCUCCAUUAAAUAAUUCAAGACCUAUGAUUCCUAUGAAUAUUCCUAUAAAUCAACCAAUAUCAAAUGCUAAUAAUAUGCAACAAAGGUUACCCCCUCAAAUGCCACCUCAAAUGCCACCUCAAAUGCCACCUCAAAUACCACCUCAAAUGCCACCACAAAUGCCACCACAAAUUCCACCACAAAUUCCACCACAAAUGCCACCUCAAAUGCCACCUCAAAUGCCACCUCAAGUACCACCUCAAAUGCCACCUCAAGUACCACCACAAUUGCCAUUUCCUCCUAGUAUGAAACCUCCAACUGAAUAG